UUGUGUACGUCGCUUUCAGACUCCCUCCAAGCUAGCAUGGCGGCUGUUGAUCUCAACGCUUUGCAUGCUAAACAAUUACCCCCUCACGUUGUUCAUGUCAAGUACGAUAGUUACCCUCACACGGGCUCCGCGGCGUGCGGUGGGGGCUGGCGUCCUAUAGCAUGUGUGUGUAUGUGGAGCACGUUUUAUAAAAUAAAAGACGAUAUUGAUUCCGUGACGAGCCGAGAGUGGGCUGUGAGAAGCGAUUCCUGUCUGCUUAAUAGAUGCCCCGAGGAGGCGAGCACUUCAACACUCUUUGUUCAGACAACACUGCUUUAA